UAGCUGAGCUGAACCAAACGUAAAAUUCGUCAUCCCUCCCAAUUCCCAACCCGUUGUCUUCUCUGAGUCUAGGGUUUUUGUUUGGUUUAUCUAAGAGAGAGCAAUUCCUAAGUCACCGUUAAGUUAUGGCGAAACCAGGCCGAGGCCGACCGGCUACACCGUCGGGCUCUGGUUCGGGCUCUUCAUCACGUUCCCGCUCUCGCUCUCCAUCUAGGUCAAAGUCUCGCUCGCGCUCCUACUCCGGCUCCGACUCUCGCUCUAGUUCCCGCUCUCGUUCUCUAUCUCGGUCGCGCUCCCGUUCCCGUUCUCUCUCUAAAUCCUUCUCUUCUUCGUCUUCUCCUUCUCGUAGCGGCAGUUCUCGUAGCCCUAAUCCACCUCCCCAGCGGAAAAGUCCGGGUGAAGGAGCUAGGCGUGGUCGAUCUCCACCUCCGCAGUCUAAGAAAGUUUCACCACCUCCAAGGAAAGCAUCUCCAGUCCCUGAGUCACUAACACUUCAUGUUGAUCAGCUCACCAGGAAUGUCAAUGAAAGCCAUCUGAAAGAAAUAUUUGGUAAUUUUGGUGAAGUUGUGCAUGUGAGGCUGGUAAUAGACCAUGCGGUUAACAUUUCAAAAGGUUCUGGAUAUGUCGAAUUUAAGAACAGAACUGAUGCUGAGAAAGCUCAGUUGUACAUGGAUGGAGCCCAGAUUGAUGGGAAAGUUGUUCAUGCCAAAUUCACUUUACCUGAGAGGAAGAAGGUUUCCCCUCCCAAGGCUGUUGCUUCGACAUCUAGAAGAGAUGCUUCUAAAGCUGAUAGUGCUGGGCGUGACUUGGACAAAGACGGGCUGAAGCGGCCGAGAGAAGCAUCCCCUCGUCGGAAACCCCCCUCGCCACCGAGGAGGAGGUCUCCAGCAAUGCGAAGAGGAUCUCCUAGACGUGAGCUUGAUUCUCCUCCUCGUCGACGUGCAGACUCUCCUGGUCGUCGUAGACCAGAUUCCCCUUAUCGACGAGUUGCUUCACCUCCUCCUAGGAGACGCCUUGCAUCUCCUGCCAGAGGUCGUUCACCCUCCUCACCUCCCAGGCGAUUCCGUUCACCUCCGAGGGCUUCUCCCCGAAGGAUACGUGGUAGUCCUAUGCGAAGACGUUCGCCUCCUCCUCCUCCUCCCAGAAGACGUUCCCCCCGUCGAGGUCGAACACCUCCUAGACGUUCACCAAUCGGUCGCAGACGUUCUCCUGCUCGUAGGCCUGUUCGUUCAGUUUCGAGAUCAUUGUCUCCAAGGAGAGGCCGUGCACCCCCUGUCAGACGUGCAAGAUCAUCAUCCUACUCAUCAUCUCCUAGUCCUCACAAGGGGCCCAGGAGAGCAUCGAGGAGUCGCAGCCCAAGAAGGCCUUUAAGGGGUAGAAGCUCAAGUAAUAGCAGUGGAACAAGUGGUUCACCACCUCGUAAGCCCUGAAGUCUGCAGGGUUGUUUUCUUCGUCACUUCUACCAUGCUGUCUCAUCUUGUGAUGGUGUAAGGUUGCUCCAGAGUACAUGUAUGCUGAGGAGGAUGGUUGAACCUACCCCUGUGGUAGCUUUAGGAGGUUUUCUUGUGGUUAAUAUUAUGAUCAUUGGGUGCUUUAGGCCACUCGUGGGCAGUGGUUGAGUGGAUUUUAUGUUUAAUUUUCAUCACUUUUGACAGCUAAGAGGAAAAUAUGUGUAUGCAUCUCUAUGCGAACUAAAGCAUUUUUCUUGCACCGUCUCGGUACAGCAAUUUCAGUUCGAAGUAUUGAGACUAGAAAUGCGGUAGCGGUACUCUUUUACUUCAACAAAAUAACAACGGCGGGGUUCAAU